AUGAAGCCAUCAUUUUUCACCAUUCCAUUAUUUCUAAUCACUACUUUCCCGUACACUUUCAUUUCAUAUAUACCCAUCGUUUCCGGACAAUGUGUGGAUUUUCCGGUCUUUUAUGAUCGUCAAUGCGCAAAAUCACCCUGUCGAAUCAUUAAAGAAAAUAAAAAUCAAAAUUCGCCAAAAUCACAAAGUUUCUUAAGUAAAUUAAGAAGUAAAUUUCAACUAGAUGUCGAUGUCACCUUAAAGGAUAAUGACUCUUCAAAAAGUAAACCCCCUUCUCAAAACAUGAUUCAAAUGGAUUUCACUUGUGAUUCAAAUAAUACUUGUGAUAAAGCUAAGAAGGCAUUCGAAACAGCGGCAAAGAUUAUCAACUCCAAGAUAAUUUUGACUACACCAAUACUCGUGAAUGCAUCAUUUAUAAAAUUGCCCGGCCCAUUAGGUCUUGCUACCCCCUCAAGAUUUAUUCCAUUAAAAGAUAAAGAUGGUGUCACCCGAUUAUACCCUCAAGCUCUUGCCAAACAAUUUCAAUUUGAUACACAUCCAGAAUAUACUAAAUAUGAUAUCACCGCAACAUUCAAUUCUGCAAGCGACAUAUUUUGGUUUCAAGAUGAUCCGUCACCACCAACUGAUCAACAAGUGGAUUUUGUUCUAGUUCUUGUACAUGAAAUGAUGCAUGGAUUAGGUUUAUUAUCAAGUUGGGAUACUUGGUUCAAAUCUGGCAUGCCUGAUGCAUUGACUCCAUUCCCAAGUUUUAUAGCUCCUCAAAAUGGUACAAUAACAUUCACAGGAUUUCAAGAAACUGCAUUUGAUAAAUAUUUGGUUUUUACUGAAAAUGGAAAACCUUUAUCGACUGUUACCUCUAAUCUUAAUCAAUUUGCUGGUGGGGUCAAUUCUAGUGCUAAAUUUGAUAAUACUUCAGAAUUUAUCAAUGCAUUUAAAUCUUCGCCACAGUUUGUACCAGCGGCUGAUAUAUUUAAAAAAGCAUCUACUGCAUCUUCGAUAGCAUUUAUGACACAUAAUGCCAAACACGUAAAUGAUUCAUGUUUGAUUGAAACAAGUCUUGUGCCUUAUCAAACUGGGUCAAGUAUUUCGCAUAUAGAUUUUACUGCAUUUUCUAAUACUACAGACUUUUUAAUGGUAUGGAAAGCUCCACGUGGUAAAACUGUUAAUGAUUUUACUAAUGGUACAGAUCAAUCAAAUAUUAUUGGACCAAAACUUAUAGCAAUUUUAGAAACUUUGGG